AUGGGUCACGUAAACCUCCCAGCUUCAAAGCGAACCAGCAACAUCAACCUCAUCUACAACCCCCGUCAAUGGCGUCUUCUAGACCUUAUAUCCGCCGUCUUCUUCGGUUUAGUGUUCCUUUUCUUCGUCCUUGUUUUCACGCCGCUUGGUGAUUCUCUUGCAGCUUCUGGCAGGCAGACGCUGCUGCUGUCGGGGUCUGAUCCGCAGCAGCGUCUCCGGCUGGUGGCUGCAAUUGAGGCGGGGCAGCCUCGGGUUGUUGAAGCGUGUCCCGCUGAGGCUGUGGAUCACAUGCCGUGUGAAGAUCCGAGGCUUAAUAGUCAGUUGAGUAGAGAGAUGAAUUAUUAUAGAGAAAGACAUUGUCCAAUGCUGGAGAAUACGCCGCUUUGUCUUGUUCCUCCGCCUCGGGGUUACAAGAUUUCAGUGCAGUGGCCGGAGAGCUUGCAUAAGAUAUGGCACAGCAACAUGCCACACAACAAGAUUGCUGACAGGAAAGGUCACCAGGGAUGGAUGAAACUUGAAGGUCCACACUUUAUAUUCCCUGGAGGUGGCACAAUGUUCCCAGAUGGAGCAGAGCAGUAUAUUGAAAAACUUGGUCAAUACAUUCCAAUGAAUGGCGGCGUUCUGAGGACUGCUCUUGAUAUGGGAUGUGGGGUUGCCAGUUUUGGAGGAUUUUUACUAUCGCAAAACAUUGUAACAAUGUCUUUUGCUCCAAGGGAUUCACACAAGUCACAAAUACAAUUUGCUCUUGAAAGAGGAAUACCAGCUUUUGUUGCCAUGCUUGGUACUCGCAGACUUCCAUUUCCUGCAUUUGGCUUCGACUUAGUCCAUUGUUCUCGAUGUUUAAUUCCUUUUACAGCCUACAAUGCAACUUAUUUCCUUGAAGUUGAUAGAUUACUCCGCCCCGGUGGAUAUCUGGUCGUAUCUGGUCCACCUGUCCAGUGGCCUAAACAAGAUAAAGAGUGGUCUGACCUCCAGGGUGUGGCAAGAGCGUUAUGUUACGAACUGAUUGCCGUAGACGGCAACACUGUCAUCUGGAAGAAGCCAGCGGGGGAUCUGUGUCUUUCAAACCAAAACGAGUUCGGUCUUGAGUUAUGUGAUGAAUCAGAUGAUCCCAAUUCUGCUUGGUACUUCAAAUUGAAGAAAUGCGUCAGUAGGCUAUCUUCUGUGAAAGGAGAAUAUGCUAUCGGGAACAUUCCCAAGUGGCCGGAGAGGCUAACUUCCCCGCCACCUAGGUCAACACUCCUGAAAAAUGUUGCUGAUGUAUACGAAGCUGACACUAGGCGAUGGGUAAGAAGGGUUGCACACUAUAAAAAUUCUCUAAACAUAAAGUUGGGGACUGCAGCUGUACGGAAUGUCAUGGACAUGAAUGCAUUCUUCGGAGGUUUUGCAGCAGCACUAAAGUCUGAUCCCGUGUGGGUAAUGAAUGUAGUUCCGUCUCGCAAGCCGUCGACUCUUGACGUCGUCUUUGACAGGGGUCUUAUUGGAGUUUAUCAUGACUGGUGUGAACCUUUCUCGACAUAUCCUCGCUCCUAUGACCUGAUCCACGUGACGAGCAUUGAAUCACUUAUAAAGGAUCCAGCCUCCGGCAAAAGCAGAUGCAACCUUGUUGAUUUGAUGGUCGAAAUAGACCGAAUAUUGCGGCCAGAAGGCACCGUUAUCGUGAGGGAUACCCCUGAAGUAAUCGACAAAGUAGCUCGUGUUGCUCAUGCGGUGAGGUGGAAACCUACUAUAUAUGAUCAAGAGCCUGGAUCACAUGGCCGGGAGAAAAUCCUAGUUGCAACAAAGACUUUCUGGACUCUCUAA